UUUCGCAAAUGUCAAAAAACAUCGUGGGGAGACGGACGAGAAUAACAAUACACCGUGGUGUGCUAGCUGAGUGAUUUUUAAAUUACAAUUUUUUUGGUAAGCAAUGGAAGACAACGACAAAAAAAUCUUCAAGGAAGUCGUUGAGAAUAUAUUCUUGCGAUGGACCGCACUUAAAUUAGCUGUGGAACAUGGCAUGGGUGGAAAGACCGGUCAGCAGACUGCCGUCGAAUCAAUGAAUUAUGUGUACGAGUAUUGCAUUGGCAACGACAAUGUCACACAGUCGGAGAUACAGGAGGUUUUAGAAGAUAUUAUGGACGAAGAAUUUGACACCAUUUGUGAAGAUAACUCGCCUGCCGAAAUAUCGUCCAUGCUCGUCACAUAUCUGAAGAUGAUCCUAGCUAAACAAUACGAUACCGUCCGAACAGAAGUCUCAGCUAUGCCACAAUGCCAGACACAGUGGUUGAAUCCGAAUUUCAAGUUAGAAUACAAAAAAGACUCGGAUUCGGGUAGCAGUGAUGAUGAAGAUGAGGAAAUGGAAGUCUGUACCGACACGGAUGUUCAGGGUGCGAGCAGAACAAAUGCGCCGAUCACUGAUGAGGACGGAUGGACGACGGUUACAUCGAAAAGGAGAUAAUAAAGUCGUGAAUGGAAAUUUAG